AUGUGGUUAUACGCGGCCGGCAUGGUGAACGACGAGAUGGCCGAUUUCGAAGGCCCAUAUGAGCCGGAUUACCUGUGGGACAAUGAAGCAGAAAAGCGCAGUGGGCGCGGCGCAUACAGCUUCGGGCUAGGUAAACGAGCUGCCGAUCCGCGGAAGUCCUUUUAUUCUUUUGGUCUGGGAAAACGUGACAUUGCCAUCCAAGCCCAUCGAAAUCCCCCGGUUACAGCCAUAGAUCCCAAACCGGCGCCACUCGAAACAGGUCAACAUCAGUAAACGGGCGGAACGUCGGUUGGCCAAGAGAGAAGUUAAUGCCUGUCCUCAAUGUCAGCCUACAAAUUUUGGGAUGCCCGCCGGAUUUCCGCGAAUCUGAUCAUAUGGCAUAGGGCAGUGACAACAAUCGUUUUGAUGUCCACUUCGAUUAAUACACCAUCUCAUCAUUCGCUUAAGCGUUACACUAGUAUGCUCCUUGAAUUCAUUGUCCAUGUCGAACCGGAAGUGUGGCAAAUUCUAAUUAAUAUUUUCACAUUUUUUAUUCCUGCAUGGCAGCUACAUGUAUUCCAUAUAUUCGUAUGCGCGCAGCUGAAGGGUCAAUAUGCUUUGUAGAAACCAAAUAAAUAAGUUAUGUGCCGUG